GGCUCGGCCGUCGGCCAAUCGAUAUCGUGAGGUGCAAAUUAUCCGAUAAAUUUCACUGAUAUUCGUGGCUUGUAUUGUAGCUUCGCAAUUGCAGCUUCGUUUCAGCUGCAGGCCCACUUUCAGAUCGAAGGCUUCUAUAAACAAGGUGCGACCAUAUCGUCGUCCAGUCCCGUGGCCCUGUUCCCAAAACGCCCCGCAAAUUUCGGGAUCUUGCUGGCGUUUCGGGUGUCUAAUUUCGGACUAGUGCACUGUGAUUUCCGAUUUCCAGUGCUUUGCUGACGGAUCGCCCAAGUGGCGAAGUGGUUCUGGCUCGGAACGUUGACGAUUGCUAAUGUGCAGGAGGUGGAGAAGCAGUCCAGGUUGUUCUCCGCCAGCGGCAUCCAUGGAACUCGCGCUGGAGUUCAGGGCAUCCUUGCAACUGCAAGGCUAAGAGCAUCGCCAAUUCCAGGAGUACUCGCAGUAAGCCCAAAAGUAGCAACUCAAGUCAGUCGCGGUGGUCUUUGUUAUUGACAACAACGAGAAGAAGAUUAAGAAGCGAAUAGAACGCGGCAAGUUCCUAGAAAAGCUCCCAUGGUCUAGUUCCAGUGAGGUCGCGUGAGAAAACUGCUCCAGCCAAGGAACUGGGCUUGCAGGAGCAGCACAAAGCACCCAGCCCACAAGGGACCACUCACCGACAAUCCUCUCAUGGCCCUGGCCAACGGGGGAGAGGAUAGAAUGGACGACAGCAGCAGCGGACGCACUUCGCUGGCGGACAGCGCCAGCCUGACGAACUCCUCGCUGCGCAGCGGCACCUCCUCGCAGAGCAUCCACACCAACGAUGGCACAAUCCGUGUGUUCAACUUCACCACCAGCGAGUUUGAGCGCUUCCAUCCCAAUAUGCUGUGCGAGGAGAUCUGCAAUACGAUGUGCCGCCAGCUGGGCAUUGCACCAAUUGCCCAGCUGCUUUACGGGAUACGGGAGCACUCGACAUCGCGACGGCCCUCGCCGCUGGUGCGUUUGGAUCUGACGUGGUGUCUGCCCGGCGAGCGACUCAACUGCCAGCUGGUCUACUGCUUUCGGAUGCGGUUCCGUGUGCCCGAAUUGGAUAGCCAGCUGGAGCUGAUCGAUGGACGGAGCCACAAGUUCCUCUACCGCCAGAUGCGCUACGAUAUGCGCACCGAGCAAAUCCCGGAGAUUCGCUAUCCGGAGCACAAGGACAAGUCAACGGGACUAGCCGUGAUGGACAUGCUGAUCGACGAUCAGGAACAGUCGGAGGAUCAGCAGGCGAUGCGCUCCAUCGAGAAGCUUUACAAACUGUAUUUGCCACCCAGCCUGUGGCGCGCCCACAGCUUCUUUGUGGGCUCCAAGAUCCGCGAGGUUUUUCGCAAUCUGAAGGCGAAUUCGCUGAGUGUGGAGCGUUUGAAGUGGCACUAUGUGCAUCAGGUCUCCCACCUGGCGCCCACCUAUAUGACCGAACAGUUUACCUGCACCGUUCAGUAUCUGCCCAACGAGGAGGUGGCCCGCGGCAGCGGAUCCAUCGGCACCAGUCUGGCCCACUCGACGUCGUCGCUGUCCAGUUCCGGUUCCACCAACACUCUGUCCACUCUCACCACCAACACAAAUUCCGUUGGACUCGGCGGCAGUGGCAAGAAGGCCAAACGACGUUCCACCAGCGGUGGAAUCGAUGUCUAUGUGCGAGUCUUUCCACACGACUCCCUGGAGCCGGGACUCAAGGUGGCCAGGGUCACCUCCGAGGCCACACUCAAGUGGAUCCUGGUUGGAGCCGUGGAGGGAAUUUUUAUGAUCUCCAAAAUCAACGACACCUCGGUGCGACUGGAAAUCGUUGGCCUGCCCAAGGGCUACGAGAUGCAGUUCCAGACGGAGAAGGAGAUGAAGUCCUUCAUCUCCUACCUGGGCAUCUACAUCAGAUUGUCGAGCAAAUGGAUGCAGGAUCUGUGCCACUCGUACCGCACGCCCUCCCUGGAGGAGCUGAGCUCCCUCCACUGCCAUGGUCCGAUCGGCGGUGCCUACUCGCUGAUGAAGCUGCACGAGAACGGGGACAAGUGCGGCAGCUAUAUUGUGCGCGAAUGCGAUCGAGAAUACAACAUAUACUACAUUGAUAUCAACACCAAAAUCAUGGCCAAGAAAACCGAUCAGGAGCGCUGCAAGACGGAGACAUUCAGGAUCGUGCGCAAGGACUCGCAGUGGAAGCUGAGCUACAACAACGGCGAGCACGUACUGAACUCGCUGCACGAAGUGGCGCACAUCAUCCAAGCGGACAGUCCCGAUCGCUAUCGCAUACCCGCCUCCAAGUACGACAAGCCGCCGCUGCUGCUACUGCUGCUGCCAAAGAACCUAAAGGCCAAAAAGACUGACCUGCAGCUGAGCGAGGCGGAGCUGCAGCGCCGCAAUCCGCAGAUCUUCAAUCCCAGAACGGAUCUGCAGUGGUAUCCAGAUUCGAUUUCGCUUAGCGACGAUGGCAUGAUGUUUACGAUGCGCGGCGACUGGAUCCAACAGAGUCCCGUCAAGGAUGUGUCCGUGACGAUGAAGAUGCUGAAGAGCGACGGCAAUUUCAUGGAGUUCUUUCGAUUGGCGCAGACCUGGAGCCUCAUCCAGUCGCCGCAGUUCCUCAAGCUGUACGGCCUAACGCUCGCCGAUCCGUACACGAUGGUCAUGGAGUAUUCGCGGUAUGGUCCGCUCAACAAGUUCCUGCACUCGACGCCCAAUGUCACGCUGCAUUGUCUACUGGACCUGAUGCACGGAUUGGUGCGCGGCAUGCACUAUUUGGAGGACAACAAGAUUAUCCACAACUACAUACGAUGCAGUAAUCUGUACGUGACCAAGUACGAUCCGAAUUCGUACGUGCUAGAUGCGAAAAUCAGCGAUCCCGGCUAUCCGCGUCCCUUCCGAGAAUCCGACUCGCCAUGGAUACCUGUUAAGUAUUAUCGCAAUUUGCAGGCGGCCAAAACGGAUCAGUUUGCCCAGCUGUGGGCCUUCGCUACCACCAUAUACGAGAUCUUCUCGCGCUGCAAGGAAGAUCUGAGCACACUGCGCCAGGAGCAGCUACUCAGGCAGAAAAAUCUCGAUGGCAACAUACUCAAGAUGCUCGAUCAGGACAUCUGUCCGGCGCCGAUAUUCGAGACAAUCAUGGAUGGCUGGUCCGAUGAUGAGACCAAGCGCUUCAGUCACCACGACAUUUUCUCGCGCCUCAACACGAUCAAGGCGGAAAUUCUGCCCAACUAUAUGCCGCCACCCGAGAUCGCAACGAAUGGAACUGGAGACGAGGCCGUGUUCGAUAGAAGCGACCUAGCCUUCCUACCCUUUCCGCGUUCGAAUAUGUUGAUGGUCAUACCGCUGACCAGCGAAUGUCGAGUGAUCUACAACAUGGAGAACAUGAUCGGGCGCGGUCACUAUGGCACUGUCUACAAGGGUCAUCUGGAGUUCAACGACAAGGAUCAGCCGCGCGAGCAGGUGGCCAUCAAGAUGCUGAACACCAUGCAGGUGUCGACCGACUUUCAUCGCGAGAUCGGCAUCAUGCGCACCCUCAGUCAUCCGAACAUAGUCAAGUUCAAGUAUUGGGCAGAGAAGUCGCACUGCAUCAUCAUGGAGUACCUGCAAUCCGGUUCCUUCGACAUCUACCUGCGUUUCACGGCACCCAAUCUCAAUAAUCCACGCCUCGUCAGCUUCGCCUUAGACAUUGCAAAUGGCAUGAAAUACUUGUCCGACAUGGGACUGAUCCAUCGCGACCUGGCCGCCCGCAACAUUUUGGUGGACCACAACGGCGAUGGGGACUGCGUCAAAAUCUCAGACUUCGGCCUGGCGCAGUUUGCCAAUUCCGAUGGAUAUUACUAUGCGAAAAGCAAGCGGGAUAUUCCCAUUAGAUGGUACUCUCCAGAGGCCAUCUCCACCUGCAGAUUCUCAUCGUAUUCGGAUGUUUGGAGCUACGGCGUGACGCUCUUCGAAAUGUUCUCGCGCGGCGAGGAGCCCAACCUGGUGCCGAUUCAGACAUCGCAGGAGGAUUUCCUCAAUCGCCUUCAGAGCGGCGAACGCUUAAAUCGUCCGGCCAGUUGUCCCGAUUUCAUUUACGACCUGAUGCAGCUGUGCUGGCAUGCCACGCCCCGUUCGCGGCCCAGUUUCGCGACCAUCGUGGACAUCAUCACAAAGGAGGUGGCCACCAAGGUGACGCACCCGACGGAUGGACACCAGUCGCCGACGAAUCAGCCGGCGGUUGCCGAGUGACUGCUGACAACUGAAUGAAAUGAUAUACACACACGCUUAGGCAUAAGGUCUUUUAAGAUGUUAGCAUUUAAACUGUACGUUUUUAAAACAACACAAGCCAGAUCCCAAAAACCACUUGACGCAAUCCUUGGCUUAAAGCGCUAUCGGAGGAAUCACAUUGACCCCAACCAACCAACCAUCCAUCCAUCAUCCACCAUACCAAAUCCGGAACACUCACGCCAUCGCAAGCCUUUUUGGAUUCUCGCCAGAUCUUAGUUUUAUUUGAUUGUGCUUACCACUGGCCACGUCCCCCUACCUCCACUGUCAUUACGCCCCCAAUCUUGACUAAGCGAAAGUCCACACUUUAUAUGAUAUAUGUAUAUGUAUAAACAAAUUCUCAACCCUACUUUGUGUUAUACAUUUUAGACAACUUUGUUAAAUAUUGUUAAGCUUGAGCUUCGAUUUUUUUGUAAUGCCCACACACGCAUAAACACUGAACUAAACUAAACAAAACUAAAUUAAAUAUAACGUGUAAAUAAUAAUUAAAUUAGUUAAGGGUUUAAUCGCGAAACGGCAACACACGGUAAUUUACAAAAUGGAUGGACGUCGACAGGAUCGAAAGGAUGCUGCGAUCUGUUGUUCUGUUCGGCGACUUAGUCGAACCGCCUAAUCUACGAAAAAGUAAAAAUAAAAAUAAAAAAAAAUGUAACAUGUGCACAUAUAGUCGUAAGGUAUGUCAAUUAAUGUUGAUCAAAUGCCAUUUUAACCUACAAUACUUCGAAACAGAAACGAAUUAUAUAUUUACAAGCUAUACAAGCCACUAUACAAGCCGGUAUAUGCACAACCACACACCCGCAGGCACAAUAACUUAUUAUUGCUGUUAACGAGAAAGGAUAUUUCCGAAAUAAAUCAAUUUUCUUACGUGUUUAAA